CGCUUGGGGCGGCAAAAAAGCUGUAGCCGGCCCUCGUACGAAAUGCAUUCAUUUCACUGUGACCUUGCCCUCCAUUCCCUUUCGUGGGUUUUCUCCACCUGUUGUCUCUCAUCACAUGCUGAAAUUGCAAGCUCUUUGGGGGCAGGGACUGACUUUAUUCUGCCUGGUACAAUGAGUGCUGAACCCUGGUAGUGGCCAUUAGAUAUGACCGCAAUAAAAACAGGUGGGACAGUAAUUCAUCUGAGGAUCUCAAAGCACUUUGCAAAUGUCAGUGCAGCCGACACCAGGCCUGUGAGGUAGUAGUUUGGUCCUUUCCCACCCACUGCCCCAAACUGGUGGUCGUGAAGGUAAGAUUUGUGCACCCCUGACUCACUGCCAUCGCUGAUGUGGUGAAUUAAGGGGUGCCUACCUGUAGAGCAUUGGGAAUCGCUGGCAGCUGAAUCCCAGGGAGUCAGAUUCUCUGUGAAGUGAGUUGGCCUCACACCCAGAUGUUUCACACCAUUGGAUGUUAUUCUGGUUUGUAAACAACAAACAAUCAUUUCCAAAUGGCCAGUGCAGUGGGGCGGCUGGGCUGGGCUGGGUGGGACCCUGAAACCUUCCAUUCAUAGCAACAAGGGAGGCUGCGGCAAAUGGAUAUUUGGUCCAGGUCCCUGUGCUAAGAAGACUGCCAGAGACUUCCCUUUGUACCCUAUCCUAUCCUUUAUCUCUGUCCCCCUUCUUCCUCUUCCUCCACUCACUGACGAAAUCCUGCUUCACACCUGGUGUAGUCCUAAUAGGGCAGCGGGUUGCAUCUGCUAUGGGAGAAUGAGGGGUGAACAGGCUACUUAGCACAGGUCUUUUCUGGGAAAAUCGUAGACUGUAAUAAGAUUGAAACCAACAGAGUUCUUUAGAAAUUGCUUUUAAAAGCAGGGCGCGAUCUCCUUUCUGCUCAACAAUGCAAUAGAAUUUUAUUGCAGCCAGAUAGCGAUGAAUAGAGAAUGUAUAUCCCUGCUAUCGAGUGACCUCAGUAGGAAAGUUCUCCUUUUCUAUCCAAUCCCAUAAGCCCAGGCCAGUAGGCCUUCUGAAGAGUUGUGGUUGCCUGCUAUUAACUUGUAGCUCCUACAAUGAUCAGUUAAGCAGACUUUAAUUAACAGUAGUGAUUAACCAGUGAUUUCUUUGUCUAAAGCGUCUGUUCAAGUUGAGUAACAUUUUGUGGCUUCGGGAACAUUAUGGCUGGGAGGCUCACAGCCCAAGCUCAGCAUGACCCAAGGGACGCUGAUGGUCACUGCAGUGGGGAAGGUGGAGGUACCCUAAAGAGCCAACUGCGUGAUGUCUCCAUUCUCCCAGGGACAUUAGAAAAACCUCAGCGUGCAGCUCCCCCUGCUGGCUCCAUCCCCCUUCUACAAUGCAAUGAUUUUUUCUUUUGAAUCUGUAUUUAGUUUUUACUGUGGGCCUAUUAACCCUUGCACCCGGGUUGGCCGAGGGGUUCACAGAAUAUUAAGAACUGCCCUGACCGUGUCGUUACUGCACAUUUAUAGGCCUGGAAUAUUCUGAACCAGCAGAGUCCAAAAAGCUACGACUGGUGCUGGGGUGGAGGCUGUGAGGCGGUGGAUAAAGCAAGAGCCUCUCACUGUGCUAGCUUGUUUCAUGUUUCCUGCUGCUGUUCUGGUCCAGUUAGUCACUGGAUUUAAUUGUAAAAAGGCAUCUUUGGCUGAUGGGAUCCCGGGUGACAAAACAGCCCAAUAUGUCCAGACCCUCACUGCUGCCCCGCACCCACCGCCUUACUGCCAGACGGAGGAGUUUCCUUCUUCCAAUAGAAGAGUGGUGCCUAGUUUCUCCUGAAAGGCGCCUCGAGAAGCAGGGCAGCCGGCCUGCUGAGAAAUGAGCUAUUUGGACGGUAGCUGCUGGAAUCUGGGGCUGGCUGGUGGGAGGUGAACAGCGGGAAUGAUGGACACCAAACUGGCAAAUGUUGUGUUCUGACUACCCGGAGUGGCUUUGCUUAAAAAAGAAAUCCCAGUUGCCAUCCCACCAAAACUCUGCCACCACCAGAGCUCUCCAAACAUCACUCACCGGCGUGAACUCUCAUUGGCUGAUCGUACCUGGAGGGCGGGAUACGCCUUGGUCCUGAGAGUUCUCCGUUGCUCGAGACCCUUCCCAGCAGGCCGAGGCGUUGUAGGAGCUGUAUGAAUUCUUUUCUCGCGUUUGGGACUGAACCACUUGGUUGCUAGCAGGCCUCUCUGCCAUUGUCUGACCCAGGACAUUAUCCCCAUCUGAUCCCCACUGUAAGAAGCUCUGGCUCUUCUCUGGUAUGUGAGAAUGGCAUUGCCCCCACUUGAAUAUUGAUCCAGAGGUGGUCUUCACGUGUUCCCCAUGGUACAGGCCUUAUUUCUCCUCUGUUGUAUGAUUGGCCACCACUGGUGUAGGAUGGGAGGUAGCCGGGCAUGAGACUGAUGCCGGUCAACGGGUACCCAUAUGCUGGGUGGCUGUCACUUUCCUUUCCUACACCUCUCCACAGUGUUCCUGGUCUCUGCCUGUCCCCUGGACAAAAUCCUCAGCCUCCUUCCAAACCUGGAUGUGGGCUUCUCCUACUGACUCCUGGGUGAUUUCUUUAACCUCCCCGUCCCUCCCUUCUGCCCUGUUCUGUUCCUUCCCAGCGCCAGGCUCUCUGCCCUCGUCAGGAUCAUUUUGCUGUCCAUGGUGCUUAAAGAUUGAGGGGAAGUAGGGAGUGAAUCCUUGACCUGCUGCACUGCAGGUCUAAGUUGGGAAGCUGGGUACGAAGGCCAAGGGCUUUGGUGAAGUGAAAGAGGAAGGAGCUUGGUGCACAGCCUUCCUGAGCCGAUAUUUAAAGAUCUUCUGAAGGGCUGUUUAUUUCCAUGACCCCUGGGUCUCAUGCAUGUUGAGAGGAGCUCACUGGUCAUAACCAACUUUCCCCUUCCAUCUAUCUGCUGAGACUGCCAAUAAAGCAGCAGUUUAGGGCCAGUUGUCAUUUUUAGGAUUUUUUUUAUGAUGUAGGAACAAGACCGAGACCAGUAAAACUCAUUUCCCAUUCAGCACCCACGUGUGGUCAGAUGGCGGUAACUCUCGGUCACAGUCAGGGUGGACUGGAAGAAAACUGGCACUCCAGAGAUGCCAUAUCCCCAUGACCAAGCCUUUGAGCCAUCCAGUCUCCAAGGGCUGCAGUUUUAUGUACCUAUUGUGGUUCCAUCAGGACUGUUCAACAACCUUUGGGACAUAGCUGGUCUCUCCAAGACACCAUAUUCUAUAAUCAGAUCUAGCGAGCAGCAGCGCCACUUUGCUUGCCUGCAAAUUGCAGCAGUACCGCAUUUUGAUGGCCACACUUCCAAGAAUUGCUUCCCAGUUGGGCAUGGUGGUGGCUAUUGCAUGGGGACUUGCAGCUAGGAGUGGCCCCUGGGCAGUGAGUUACCUGCUCCUGUCUGGGAGUCAGUGCUGGUUCUGGGGUUUUCAUCUGCCUGGGGAAAUGUCCAUUCCCAACAGCCUGUAGUCAUGCACACAAUGAACCCAUAAGAUGCAGUAGUGGGAGAGGGCCAGAGAGGGCUAGAAGCACCUUGCUGAAUGUAAUAGUUUUCUAUCUAGAUGCCAUUCAUCCUUUAUGUAGGGACAGCCCCAUAAAUACCAAUGCACUGUGAUCUAGCUUGGUAGACCUGAGAAGCAGGUAGUCAGACUUUGCUGGAUUUUAAAUGAACUCAUUACAAUGUAACAGCUCCACCCUGUUCUUCCCAGACUUGCUCCCUUUACUGUUUCCCAGUAGGUAUUGCAUCUGCUCACUCCUCUGCUAGACUGAUGCUGCUACAGAUACAACACGCUUCUUCCAAUAUAAUGUUCUGCUGCGCCUAGUAUUUUGUAGUCCUCGGUGUCCACCUCCUCUGGCCUGUAUGGCGGAGUUGGGGCUGGUUGGAGCAUGUUGUCUGAAUGGUUACGUGGCUUUCCCUGGAGAUUUACCAAAGGUGACGCUUCCUAUUCCAGAAGGAUCAUCCUGGCCCUCAAAAGGGGGGACUCAGAAAGAAGCUGAUUUCAUUCAAGGAAAUUUGGAAAGUUCCAGGGACCUCUGCAAGCUGCUACAAAAAUGCAGGGGUUUUCAAGCAGCUGCCGGUUGGCCCUGGUGAAGAGGGGCUAGAAUUGUAAAGAGAGGAGCUGUGUGACAUUAGCUGAAAUUAACUCCCACUUGUUUUUCCACUAGCCUGCGACUCAUGCUAAACCCCCCUCCCUCCUAACCAGCUUUUAACUGCUCUAGUUAUGAAAACUUAACUUUUCUAUUACUGCACAUUUGUCUCCUUUACCCAGGUGCUUAAUUACCAUUGUCCCAGCGAAAUGUCAGCAUGAGUCAGAGACAGUCUCCCAUUAGGAAGAGACAGAUGAAUAUUAAUUACACUUACUGGUGAGUGGGUUUUCUUUUUUGUCAUUUCCCUGACUCUGCUGAGGACCCGGUAGCUACAUGUUCCCUGGCCUGAGCAGCUGAGCUGGCACCAGAUGGUCAGUGAACGGACAGUGUUUGUGGGAGAUGGAAGGGAACCCAGCAAUGCGAGACGAGAGGAGACUCAACACUAGCUACAGCAGAGGCUGAAGAUGAGAGAGAGAGAGAGAAUCUGCAACAUAAAUUGAGAGUAAUAAUAAACUCCAUCUGCUGUAGGAACAGAAGCAAUUUAACUUUCCCCUCUAGCCAAAGGAAACAAACUCUUAUUAAGAAAUCUUAUUACCAAGUACUUUCAUAUUUGGGUGAAUAACCCAAGCCUGGUGCUUGGUCUCCCAAAGCAGGUUUUUCUAUGGUGCAACUGAACUGGAUCUAAGCAAAGCAGCUGCAUGGACUUUCAGGUGCCCUUUGGGGGCUGAAUUCCGUCUGACGUCCAGGAUUCUCUGUGUCUACACCAUCAGUCAUGGCACUGGAGUCUCUGAGGAUAAGCGGGGUUAAUGGGGAGCAGGCAGCUAUUUUCUCCCUCUGGUCCUUGUUUGUGAAUUCCACACAGCAUGCGUACGUUCAAUAUGUCAUACGUUCGGGGACAGAUUUUUUUUUUUAAAAAAACCCUGGCUUCUAGCUUUGCACUUGCAGUUGUGUGGGCACAACAGAUGUCAGAUCAAUGUUUGAUUAAGUGGUGCGUUACAGUCAGGUAAUGAUGUAUCUGACAGCCAUUUCAGCUCUCACAAUAGUUGGAGCGUGGAAGGCUGAGGUAGGUUCCGUUUCCAAUCAGGCUUUACAGCUCUGCAUUUCACGUCCCCGGCCGCAGAGGCACUGUUAUGGGAACGCGGCUGAUGGCAUUUACAGGUGAUCAGACACUAACCUGACAUCUAAUGGGUCCAUAUAAUUACAGGUUAAAAAAAGGGAGGCCGGGUUUUAAACAUCUAGGGUCUUAACUUGGGAGAAUAAGUUGCUAGAAAUGACAGUUUUCUGUAUAUGGAGAAUAUUUUCCAGUAUUAAGCAUUAUGCCCACAUAGAGCCUUAUCCAAAACCCACUGAAGUUAAUGGGAGACUUUGGCUUGCCCUCAGUGGCCUUUGAAUCAUACCGGCAAGGGUUAAAUCUCUCUGAGGAUAACUAUGAUCUUAACCAGCUAGACCGGGGUGUUUGUGGCUUGCAGCUGCUUUUUACUACACUGGUGCCUGAGUCCAUGUGUGCAAAGCCAAGCAGAAGAAUGGGCUGAGUUAAGAUGGUGCCUCCAGCCCCUUGGUAGCAUGCCCUCCCAUGACAAGUCUCUUCUCUAUUAACACCAGCACACGUUAGUCAGUCAGAUGUGACUUCGGGGAGGUUGGGGAACUUCUCUUUCAAACUCCAUGGCCAGAGCUGUCAAAGGGAGAGUGGUGGUUGUCUUUCCAGUGGAUAAAUGAAACCCCGUCAUCUGUCCCUGAGGACCGUUUUUGGAAAUGCACAAUGCUUCGUAAGAACUCUUUACAGAGUAUUGAUGUGAGGGCACCAGUCUUCUGUGACUGGAAGCAUCUUAUGGAAAGGUAGAAAUUGCUGUUGCCCCUCCAUUUCCACUCUUGGUCUGGUGAGCAAAGGUCUUGAACACACAAGUCCUGUCUCAAAGUGCACUGUCCCAUGGCCUUCCCCUUCCUCAUGCCACCUUUGGAAUAACAAUAGUCACACUGAAUUCUCUUGGAAUUCAGUGGCUAGUAACAUAGGUGAAAUUUACCCCUGUGCAAAGGGUCAGCAGAAGAUCCCAUGCUCCAACUCCAGCAGAACUUAGGUGGUACGUGGGCUUUGUGUCGAUCCUCUGGACAGGAGUGAUUUUCACCCCGUGUGAUUACCCAGGUGCUCCAUGUAACCUGCCCUGAAUUGGGGCUGGAUUUUCAGAGGGCCUGCAAGCUGUGCAUCUGCACUAUUAGCAUGAGCAAAGGUCACAUGUAAACAACAGUUGGGUUAUUGUGCACCUAACAAGCUGACAUCUGUGCACAAAUUCCCGUCUUUAUGUGCAAAUGUGGAGUUUGCGUAUGCAAUAGGCUUGGCCAGUUAGGUGCAAAAACACCCUCGUUUUGUGCACGUCCCAGUAAGAAGCUCUCGGAAAGGAUUGGGAUUUAAAGUCCUUUUAUUAAAAGCUGAAUGUUUCUCGUAUCUCAUGGGCACCUUUCCAUCCCGACCAAGUGGCCUCCUGAGGCUUUUGUAGAGAACUAAGAUUUACCUGCUAAUUCAAUCCAGCUCUUUAUUCACAGGAAGGAACUUCAAGUAUCCAGCAAGCCAAUUUUCAAGCUAAGGGGAAGGGAGGGUUGCUGGGAAACAUCCCUCUGGAGAGAGAGAUGGUAAAAAUAGUACGUUCUUCAGAUCCCGGAUUAUCACUAAUAUUUGAAAGGCAUCAUGUGCAGUAACCAUGUCAGAGCCUCUCUCGUUUUUAAGGCAUAAAGGUUACGGGGGGGAGGGGGAGGGAGGGGAGAGGAGAGAUUUUUCUGUUUGUGCCCAGGUGUCCAUGCUGUUACAAAGAAGAUGCAGAAUCAUAACCUCUUGAGCAUCACCCCAGUCAGGCGUCUCCUGCUCUCUGGUCCCUGCUGGUUUCUUUCAUCUGAGACUUACUGGGAAGAAAGAGAGGGAAAGUUGGUGAGUAAAUUUCUGGGAGUUUUUUCACACUUGUCUGAAAGAGGAUGAGGUAAAGGGUGACCUCCAGGCACACUGAUAAGUGCUAUAACCUCUGCUCAGUCUGUUUUUGUGACUACAUUUGCUGCUUGGGAUGAAACAGGGCAAUAAGGAGAUCUACCGAUAAGAAAUGCCCCUUGUGUAGCUUCUUUCACCUAAUGCUCUUACAUGAUGAAUGACCCCUCUCAGAUAAAUUGAACCCCCAUUUUACAGAUGGGAAAACUGAGGCACAGAGGGUUUGGGUGAUUUGCCUGCAGGCCCAGAUUUUCCACAAUGUACUUUAGUCCAUGCCCAGUUUUCUCAAGCUUAACCCCCGAUGCAUGCGUGCAAUUCAAGGCUUAUACACUCAAAUCUUAGCUUGUGCACCUGCCUCGAAGGUUGGCAGAUGUUUAAAAAUGCCCUGAUGCCAGUCUGGGCCCUAGUGAAUCAGAAUCAGGGCGGGGAAUAGAAUCUGGGCACAUUUCUGUCUCUCCCUUGUCCGGCUGCCUCCCACUCCCCUCCUCUAUGUUAAUGGUAUUCCCAUCUCUUUGUCUCUUUCCCAAGGUAAUUAUCAAUAGCUCGAUGUGCAGGGAAAGAGGAGGUGGAGUGUGUGGCAGGGGGAAAGUACAACUAACCCCUGGCUGUGAAUAAAAACCUGCAUUUCAAUAGCAAGCGCAGGUGGAAGCUUUAGAACAAGUGAAGAGGCUUGUUCCGUAUACAGCGUCGGAAGGUCAAGGUAAGGGACCACUGGAUAUACAAAACAGGGAGGGAGGAGAGAAUUGAAGCAACCGAGGAGAGCCCCGGUGGCUGCUGAAUCCCUUUGCCUUCAGACACACUAGUCCCUGGCUGGCUCCUCUCCGGCUGGCUGUUUUUUGAGAAGCAGCAGUUGGAGAACAUCGGUGUCUCGGCAUAGUCGCCAGUAGAGCUCUGGGAGCUUGACUCCAUCUCAAAGACGUUACCGAGCCGACGAAGGCUUUCUGACAGUUGGAAAACAGGAAGUGCCCACUGCGCAGAAUGGAGUGGCAGGUUCUGCUGUUGGCUCUUUGCAUGGGUUUGGCUCAUUCGGCCUCUGCAGACUGUGCAGCCCAGUGCUCCGUGUGUGCCGUGCAGACCCAGGAUUUGGAGAAGCCCAUCAGUCCCCUGAUCUGUUCGCUGGAGUGUCAGGGCUCCUUGCUGUCCCGCAUGGAGUGGGAGAGGUGCCAGACCGCUCUGGCUCUCCUCGCCCCGCUGAUGGCAAUGGUGGAGGGCCAGGGCCUGUCCCCUCUGGAGGCUGAGGCGAAGGCAGAGCCAAAAGAGAGCCCCAUCCCCGGCGAGCUCCCCAGCGGCCUGGUCAAACGGUACGGUGGCUUCAUGAAGAAACUGGACAAGAACAAGAUUUUCUCCCUCUUGCGUGAGAACGCCCACAGCAAAGGCGGCAUGACUAAGAAGUACGGUGGCUUCUUCCGCAAGCCGGGGGAGAGGGCGGCCUCUGAGGUGGUGGAGGACUACCCAGAGCUGGAGGCCGAGGAGACAGGUGACCACGGGGAAGAAUCUGAGGAAGGAAACCUCAAGGACGAGAUGAAGCGCUACGGGGGCUUUCUCCGCAAGUACCCCAAGCGGAGCUCGGCGCUGGCGCCCGAGGGGGAGGGCCAGGAGCUGGAGGACCUGCACAAGCGCUAUGGGGGCUUCAUGCGCAGGAUCCGCCCCAAGCUCAAAUGGGACAAUCAGAAGCGCUACGGGGGCUUCCUGCGGCGCCAGUUCAAGGUGACAACGCGGUCGGAUGAGGACCCCAACGCCUACUCGGGGGAGGUCUUGGACCUAUAGAACCCCCCUGACAGUCAGAAUACUUCCAGUAUGGACUGCAUCGCUCCUCCUGCCCCACGUCACCCUCCUGUGCUCAGCCAGGCAUCCCAGGCAUCACACACCGACCCAGGCGCACCACCCCGCUGCUGCUUCCCUGAAGAGCCAGAUGUUUCGAGCCAGGCAGGGAUUGCCACUGGCAACGUUCCUCCUCCGUUUCUGUCUCUGUCAACUCUGGGACUUGGACCUGCUGCCCUUUCCAGCACCGAACCGAUCAGGCCAGCUAGGGGGUUAGUUCAGCUGUAUCGAAAGCAGGUUACUUGAAUUCAGUCUCAGACGACUGACUAUCGACCCUCCCUGUGAUCCUUAGCGAUGAGCCCAACUCACCCUCCAGUCGGAAUACCCCAAACGCUGGGGAAGUUCAGCUCUGGAGCCAACUCGGUGGCUGGCCCCUUUGGUCCGUCAUGGACCAACCUAGAGCUCCAGAUUCAAAGGCCUCCCAGCUUUGGGGGAGUUUGGCUCUAGCUCCAAAUCGGAACCAUCCAGCUGUAGUUCCUUGCGGUGGAAACCCAUUUUCAAAGGUCCCCGGCGCUGGCACCAGGUGCUGCCGGGCAUUUCCAAUUUAAAUAUUCGAAUGGAAACAGAGGCAUCUGCUACUUGCCUUCUAGUCUAUCCAUUCAGACGCCUCUGCUCAGAACAGCCAGUGUGUCCCAGAGGGACCUGUGUUUGUCCGGGAGGGCAUCUUGCCUGGAGAGCAAGGUGGGCUUGCCCUAUAGAACCCUGACUUGCUUCAUUAUAUUCCAGCUAAAUCCCAGCUGUGACCCUUUCUGAUACACACGAGAGAGGCACACUUCUAAUGAAGCGAUGAAAUCACAAUAGUGUCGCACUUCUGAAGGCACCUGAGUCAGCCUCUCGUUUGUCACCUGGGGAUUCACGCACACAGUCAUUAAGGGAGCCGAGUGAAUGGAGGUAUUGUGCUGCCAGAUUUGCUGGCACAGUCCGAUUGUUUGUGCCUUGGAGUGAUUGUGUGCACAGAAUUGCAGGUGCAAAUAAUUAGGAGCACGGACUGACACUAGCUGUCCCCAUUCUCGCUCUGCUCACAGGGGAUCGCUCCCACACACAAUGACAGAAAUCAAUGAGGAGCCAUUUCCGAAAGUUUGGCUCAUCAUGUAGUUCUCAUUGCAACCAUCGGUGUUCUCCCCCCAUCCCCCAGCUAGUGCUGAAUUGCAACAAGCCAACAAAAAUACCCUGAGACAGAGGCAGGAACGGGCGGGGCUUGGCACAUUGUUUCCUUUUCCAACCAUGGGCAAAAUUGGGAAAUUAAACUAGAGGAAAGCUCUGAAAAGGAAUGUAGAUGAGGUCUGGACUCUGCCUGAGACGCAUUGUUUGGCUAAGCACAGGCCUCCAUCGGCCCUCACCUGCUCCCUUGUGCUGUUCUGAAAUGUACAGAUUGUUUCGGAGUCUGGUUACUUUCCGUUAUUACGUUUACAAGAAGAAAUAAAGUUUGGUCUAUCUUGAGAUGGGUCACGUUCACCCUCUUCCUUUUCUGUAUGGUAAAUAAAAAGAUGUUAAUGAG